AUAUACAAUAACAAAUAACAUGUCGAAGAAAAUAAAACAUUUAGUUGUGGACACAACGGCAUUCAUAAAAGCAGCUAACCUACAAGAUUUAGCUGAGAAUGUUUACACCUUACAAGAGGUAAUUGAUGAGGUAACCAGCGAUAGGCAACGCAGGAAAUUAGUUGUGCUUCCUUACGACCUGAAGAUCAAAGAUGUAUUCACUGAGAACAUCAAAAUCAUUACGGACUUUGCGAAGAAAACUGGAGACUAUACGAGUUUAUCAGCAACAGAUAUCAAGGUAAUGGCACUGGCAUACCAAAUGGAAAAGGAAAACGUGGGCAUAGAACACUUGGCAACUGAACCUAAAAUGCAAAAAACUGUUAAGGUAACUGGAAUUGAAGGGUUUAAUCUACAUCCUGAAAAUAAAAUUAAUGAAAAAGAAACCAACACAGAACUUGAAAGUGAUAACAACACACAAGAACCAGUAGAAGUAUGUAAAAAUACCAAUAUUACUGUAGAAAGAGAUGAUACUAAAAAAAUACAGCUUGAAAUAGAAAAUGAUUCUGAUAUAUUGACUGAAGAAAUAGAAAAUUUAAAAAAUAUACAUUUGGCUGAUGAAGAUGUGAAUGAAAUUAUGGCAAAAGUUUCAGACAAUGAUGAAGAGGAAACAGAGAGUGAUGAUGAAUCCUCCGAUAGUGAUGGAGGAGAAUGGAUAACACCAGGUAACUUAGCUGAGAAAAAAAGAGAGAUGGAUAUGGGUGAAUUCGAUGAUAAAACUGUUGAAGUGGCUUGUAUAACUUCAGAUUUUGCUAUGCAAAAUGUUCUUAAACAAAUUGGCCUCAAUGUUACUGCAAUAGAUGGGAGGGUCAUCAGACAACUACGAACAUUUAUAUUUCGCUGCACAACUUGCUUUAAAACUACUAGUGUGAUGACAAAACUAUUUUGCCCAAAGUGUGGCCACGCCACACUGAGGAAAGUUGGAGUUAGUAUUGAUGAGCAUGGUAACCAACACAUUCACAUAAAUGGAAGGAAACCAUUGUCAGCUAGAGGUAAAAAGUUCAGUUUACCUACACCAAAGGGUGGCCAGCAUUUCCAGUAUCCAAUAUUGACUGAGGAUCAACACAUUCACAAGAGGUUUGCAACCAAAAUGGCACGGAAUAAAACAAAUGCAUUGGACCCUGACUACACAGCAGGUUUCUCACCAUUCGUUAUGAAAGAUGUCAACUCCAAAUCAGCAGUAUUAGGAGUGAGAGCUAAUAAACAGGAUCUGAAAUAUUGGAUGAAAAAUUAUUCAAAAGGAAAGAAAUAAAAGCAGAUAUAAAAAGAGUUUCUAUCUGCCUAUACUAUAUAAGUGAUAAAUAAAAGUCUAUUUAAUAAAACAAAUAUAUUUCAUUAGUUUG